AUGCCGAGUUUUUCACCCCCUGGUGCCAAGGAUGGCUUUGCCGUGGGCAGCCACUGCUGCUGCACCACCCGCAAAGGGGUGCUCUAUGUCAUCGGCUAUGAUGAGCCGACCCGCUUUGGCACCAAACUCAACAAACAUGGGCAUGCGGGUCACAACAUGCUGCUCGAGUUUAAUGCCGCCAAUGAGGCCUACCUAGCAUCCAAUGCAGGAUCCUCCCCCGGCGCGCUCACCAUCUUUGAUGUCAAUGCACAAUCGGUGGUCAAGGAGUAUCCGCUCACUGAGCAAGGCAACCUCACUGCGAUUUCCUGGUGUUGGGCCGAGCCCAAUAUUUUGGCUUGUUCCACAUCAGAGAAUAUCCAGUAUACCGUAGAUCUGCGCGAUCCUCGGGCCAAAAUGUCCAAUCGGGGCAUUGCCUGCGUGUCUUUGGCUUGGAAGCACUUUGACAAUUUCACGGUCACCAUGGGCAGCAACGGUGGCCAACUUCACAGCUGGAACUUCAAGCGACGUUAUCAUAGUGCACACCGCUAUGCUGAGACGGCGCUCAUGUCAAUUGACUGGGCCGCCAAUGAUCCUCACCGGCUUUUGACAUGUGCCGAGGGAGCCAACGAACCCAUCAAGCUGUGGGACACCAAUCGCAACGUCAUCCUCAACGAGAUUAGCGGAAACGACUUUUAUCAGGCCCGCUUUGCCCCCUUUGGAGCCGGAAUUCUGACCGCGAAGCGGCUUGACGAGACGCGGUCGCUCGUGCAACUCUGGAAUAUCGGCCAACUGACUGCACCUCGUCUUGAGGUGGAGGCGCAUCGAGGCCACGGCUGGCGGCGCGUGGAUGCUGAUAGCUUUGAUCUUGUCGUUCAGAAGCGUGAUCGCAUCCACGUGGUUACGCUGUCCGAGGAGGAUCUGGCCGCUCUUUCCUUCAGCCGCCCUCGCGUGGCCCAACCAGAGAGCCAGGAUGAUGAAGAUGAGGACCUCAGCCGCGCAGUCCGCCAGCGGCCACAGGGAGCUUACAUCAAUGCAAUCGAUUACACGCUGCGCCGCUUCCACGUCAACGUCGUCGUGGAAAUGGGUCACCAACAUAACAUGGUGGCCCAAUUUCGUGUUACUGAAGUAGAAGCGCGCAACGGAGAGCUCACACAAAACUUUGAGUUUCUGCCCAGCACUACCAUCGAUGCAGCCAGCAAGACAGCCAUGAUCUCGCGAAUGAACAACACAGCCAAUGCGUGUCGACAACAAAACAAAUAUUGGAUUGAGCCCAUGGUCCAGGAAGCCAUCACCUUUAUUCAGACUUAUGCCAAAGAAGUGCGCAAUAAGAACUCAUUGCGCAAGCGUACACAAGGCAAUGCACGCAACCGGGCUAAUCUGGAAGACUUGCGGCGCAUGUCGGGUGCCGUCUUCACCGUCGGUGGCAAGCUCAUUGUCUUUACCAACAAGGCAUUUGCUGGGGAGCCCCUCAAGUCGCCGCGCGAGGGUGGUGUUGGUCGCACACGAGGUUCUUCGGCCAGUGUGCACAAGGCUCAGGCGUCAAGAUUCCUGCCGGACUGGACAUUAGGCAUGCGAACGCGGGACGAGAAGCGCGUUCUCAGCGGGACCAACAUGGCCGUCAAGGAAGUGGCGAUGGACCGCCGUAAACUGGCCGAACCCGUUUACAUUGUGGAUCGCACGGCCUUGGCUUUGUUGUUUGAGAAGCGCAGCCAGGAGGCACUCGACUAUCUUGCCCGCCAACCCUGCCAUGCUACUCUGCCAUCUCGCCUCACCGAGGUACUCGUCAUUAGCUUGGCCAAGCUGCAGUUGAGCAACGUGUGGCCAGCCGUGAGCCCUGCUAUUCGUCUCUUGAGUGCCUUGCCCUCUGUUGACAUGUGGCUACAUCAUCCCUGUGGCGGCAAUCUGCUGACGCGGGCUUUUGAAUUUUGUCAUUCCGCCCGUGACGUUCAAACGCUGGUCAGUUGUGUGCGUAGCUCCAGACAACCUUGGCGCAAGUCGUCACCUCGGCCAGCAAAAAUGGCCGUGAAGCAUUCCAGGCAAGCGGUUCUCUGUGAACAGUCACGCUAUGCCUGGGUGCCAGCCAUGCUGGCGCACCUUGCAUACUUGCGCGUGCAGAAUGAGCACGAGGCCGCAGCGGCGAUUUGUGCCAUCAUACCCCUGCCAGCUGCGCAUUAUCUGGCGCAAGUUGACCAGCAGGAUCUCAAGCCCCUUGAAGCCAUGACAACGGGCUACGCUUCUGUAAAUGCUGCAAGCAAGCAACUCUGUUUGACGUGUGCGGUCUGCAGGUUGCCAGCUCAACUGUACACGCUGUGUCCCGGCUGUGGACACGGUGGGCAUUUGGAGCACCUGGCAGCCUGGUUUGCUGAAAACAACGAAUGUCCCACUGGUUGUGGCUGUGACUGUGCCUCCAUGGCAUACGAUUUCAGUGGUGAACCUUUUGCCUAG